AGUAGUAGUAGUAGUAGUAAUAACAGUAGUAGUAGUAGUAGUAGUAAUAACAGUAGUAGUAGUAGUAGUAGUAAUAACAGUAGUAGUAGUAGUAGUAGUAAUAACAGUAGUAGUAGUAGUAGUAGUAGUAAUAACAGUAGUAGUAGUAGUAGUAGUAGUAAUAACAGUAGUAGUAGUAGUAGAAGUAAUAACAGUAGUAGUAGUAGAAGUAAUAACAGUAGUAGUAGUAGAAGUAAUAACAGUAGUAGUAGUAGUAGUAGUAGUAGUAGUAGUAAUAACAGUAGUAGUAGUAGUAGUAGUAAUAACAGUAGUAGUAGUAGUAGUAGUAGUAAUAACAGUAGUAGUAGUAGUAGUAGUAGUAAUAACAGUAGUAGUAGUAGUAGCAGUAAUAACAGUAGUAGUAGUAGUAGCAAUAACAGUAGUAAUAACAGUAGUAGUAGUAGUAGUAAUAACAGUAGUAGUAGUAGUAGUAGUAAUAACAGUAGUAGUAGUAGUAAUAAUAACAGUAGUAGUAGUAGUAAUAACAGUAUAUAGUAUAACAGUAGUAGUAGUCGUAGUAGUAAUAACAGUAGUAGUAGUAGUAGUAGUAAUAACAGUAGUAGUAGUAGUAGUAGUAAUAACAGUAGUAGUAGUAGUAGUAGUAAUAACAGUAGUAGUAGUAGUAGUAGUAGUAGUAACAGUAGUAGUAGUAGUAGUAGUAGUAGUAGUAGUAGUAGUAGUAGUAGUAAUAACAGUAGUAGUAGUAGUAGUAAUAACAGUAGUAGUAGUAGUAGUAAUAACAGUAGUAGUAGUAGUAGUAAUAACAGUAGUAGUAGUAGUAGUAGUAAUAACAGUAGUAGUAGUAGUAGUAGUAGUAAUAACAGUAGUAGUAGUAAUAACAGUAGUAGUAGUAGUAGUAGUAAUAAUAACAGUAGUAGUAGUAGUAGUAGUAAUAAUAACAGUAGUAGUAGUAGUAAUAAUAACAGUAGUAGUAGUAAUAAUAACAGUAGUAGUAGUAGUAGUAGUAGUAAUAACAGUAGUAGUAGUAGUAGUAGUAAUAACAGUAGUAGUAGUAGUAGUAGUAAUAACAGUAGUAGUAGUAGUAGUAGUAGUAAUAACAGUAGUAGUAGUAGUAGUAGUAGUAACAGUAGUAGUAGUAGUAGUAGUAGUAGUAGUAGUAGUAGUAGUAGUAGUAAUAAUAAUAAUAGUAGUAGUAGUAAUAGUAUUAGUGAUAGUAGUAGUAAUAGCAGUAGUAGUAGUAGUAGUAGUAGUAGUAGUAGUAGUAGUAGUAGUAGUGAUAGUAAUAAUAGUAAUAAUAAGAGUAGUAGUAGUAGUAGAAAUAACAGUAGUAGUAGUAGUAGCAGUAAUAACAGUAGUAGUAGUAGUAGCAAUAACAGUAGUAAUAACAGUAGUAGUAGUAGUAGUAGUAAUAACAGUAGUAGUAGUAGUAGUAUUAACAGUAGUAGUAGUAGUAGUAGUAAUAACAGUAGUAGUAGUAGUAGUAGUAAUAACAGUAGUAGUAGUAGUAGUAGUAAUAACAGUAGUAGUAGUAGUAGUAGUAAUAACAGUAGUAGUAGUAGUAGUAGUAAUAACAGUAGUAGUAGUAGUAGUAGUAGUAGUAACAGUAGUAGUAGUAGUAGUAGUAGUAGUAGUAGUAGUAGUAGUAGUAAUAACAGUAGUAGUAGUAGUAGUAAUAACAGUAGUAGUAGUAGUAGUAAUAACAGUAGUAGUAGUAGUAGUAGUAAUAACAGUAGUAGUAGUAGUAGUAGUAGUAAUAACAGUAGUAGUAGUAAUAACAGUAGUAGUAGUAGUAGUAGUAAUAAUAACAGUAGUAGUAGUAGUAGUAGUAAUAAUAACAGUAGUAGUAGUAGUAAUAAUAACAGUAGUAGUAGUAAUAAUAACAGUAGUAGUAGUAGUAGUAGUAGUAAUAACAGUAGUAGUAGUAGUAGUAGUAAUAACAGUAGUAGUAGUAGUAGUAGUAAUAACAGUAGUAGUAGUAGUAGUAGUAGUAAUAACAGUAGUAGUAGUAGUAGUAGUAGUAGUAGUAGUAACAGUAGUAGUAGUAGUAGUAGUAGUAGUAGUAGUAGUAGUAGUAGUAGUAGUAGUAAUAAUAAUAGUAGUAGUAGUAAUAGUAUUAGUGAUAGUAGUAGUAAUAGCAGUAGUAGUAGUAGUAGUAGUAGUAGUAGUAGUAGUAGUAGUAGUAGUGAUAGCAGUGAUAGUAGUAUUAGUAGUAGUGAUAGUAGUAGCAGUAGUGGUAGUAGUGGUAGUGAUAGUAGUGAUAGUAGUAGCAAUGGCGAUAGUAGCAGUAGCAGUAGUGAUAGUAGUAGUGAUAGUAGUAGUGAUAGUAGUAGCAAUGGUGAUAGUAGCAGUAGCAGUAGUGAUAGUAGUAGCGAUAGUAGUAGUGAUAGUAGUAGUAGUAGCGGUAGUAAUAGUAGUAGUAGUGGUAGUAAUAGUAGUAGUAGUGGUAGUAAUAGUAGUAGUAGCGGUAGUAAUAGUAGUGAUAGUAGCAGUACUAGUAGUGAUAGUAGUAGUAGCGGUAGUAAUAGUAGUAGUCCCUCGUUGCCCCCCUACGGUCUCCCUCGUUGCCCCCCUACGGUCUCCCUCGUUGCCCCCCUACGGUCUCCCUCGUUGCCCUGCUACGGUCUCCCUCGUUCCCCUCAGCCACCGUUCCCCUCAGCCACCGUUCCCCUCAGCCACCGUUCCCCUCAGCCACCGUUCCCCUCAGCCACCGUUCCCCUCAGCCACCGUUCCCCUCAGCCACCGUUCCCCUCAGCCACCGUUCCCCUCAGCCACCGUUCCCCUCAGCCACCGUUCCCCUCAGCCACCGUCCCCACCCGUUCCCCUCAGCCACCGUUCCCCUCAGCCAUCGUUGUCAACCUUGUUCCCCUCCUCCGGUCACCCUCGUUCCCCUCCCACGGUCACCCUCGUACCCCUCCCACGGUCACCCUCGUCUCCCUCCCACGGUCACCCUCGUUCCCCUCCCACGGUCACCCUCGUUUCCCUCCUCCCCCUCCUACGGCCCCCCUCGUUCCCCUCCUACGGUCCCCCUCGUUCCCCUCCCACGGGCUCCCACGUUCCCCUCAGCCUACGGUCUCCAUCGUUCCCCUCAGCCAUCGUUCCCCUCAGCCAUCGUUCCCCUCCUACCGUCCCCCUCGUCCCCCUCCCACGGGCUCCCUCAGCCCUCGUUCCCCUCCCACGGGCUCCCACGUUCCCCUAAGCCUGCGGUCUCCAUCGUUCCCCUCAGCCAUCGUUCCCCUCCUCCGGUCACCCUCGUUCCCCUCCUCCCUCGUUCCCCUCCUACGGUUUCCCUCGUUCCCCUCCUACGGUUUCCCUCGUUCCCCUCCUACGGUCUCCCUCGUUCCCCUCCUACGGUCUCCCUCGUUCCCCUCCUACGGUCUCCCUCGUUCUUCUCCUCCCUCGUUCCUUUCCUACGGUCUCCCUCGUUCCCCUCCUCCCUCUUUCCCCUCAUUCCCCUCCUACGGUCUCCCUCGUUCCCCUCCUUCCUCUUUCCCCUCCUACGGUCUCCCUCGUUCCCCUCCUACGGUCUCCUCUUCCCCUUCCUCUCUGUAA